UGGAAUUCGUGUACCACAUUUUUGCAUGAAAUGUCCAAAGUAUGACUAUUGUACUAGGUUCAAAAACCCUUGUGCCAUAGUACAUUUUAUAAGUAAAAACAGACAUAGAUAGAGUCAUAAAUUAUAAUACAGUUCCCACCAAUAUGUCAUUUAUAUGCAUGUUUAAUGGAUUGUGGGAAAAAGUUAAGCCUAAUUUUAGAGCCUUACAUUUUUACAGGACUUUAAAGUCAGAUAUUUACUGUACAGGCACGGUGUGCACCUUCCAGAGCCCCUCACAUGGGGUACAUGGUAGGAUUUGUUUUGUAUAUAAUUGAAGAAGUCUAAGAAUGCAUAACUUAUGUAUUUGGCAUUUACUGCUGAGGACAAGACAACAGGGACAUUUUUUUAUUAAAAAAAAAUAAUAAUAAUAAUAAUAAAAAAACCUCACUGGCCAUCUCCAGUGGAGCAGUAACAGCAGUGGUCUAACAGUGUGUGGCAGGUAGGGUUCAGUCAGCAGAUUGUGUGUUGUGAUGAGCAGGCAGAUGGGCAGCCCGUGAGUGUGUGUCUGCUCUCAGUGGGUGGCGGCUUACUGCACUUCCUGCUGUAAGAUGAACUCGUCUUGCAUGUUUACGCCUCACUUCCUUAUACACGCCUGAAGUGCAGCGCUACAUGAUGCCUGUUAUAUUAACACUGACACGCAUGACUGGCUCUAAAUUUUUAUUUUUGGGUCAUAUCCUGAGGAAUCAAGCUUCCUCGAUUUUUUGAGAUAAGAGUUGUUGUACUAUGAAAACAUACUGUAACUGUCAGAACUCAAAACUUCCUCCCCAGUGAUAAAAACUGUUUUUUUUUUUCUGUUUUUUUUUAUUUAGUGGAACUUAGUGGUUUCAGGGGAAGAAACAUAAAUGCAUAAAUAUACACUACCGGUUUGGAAUAAUUAGGAUUUCUUAAAAAACAUGUUUGAAAGAAGUCCCUUAUGCCCACCAAUGGUUUAUUUAUUUGAUCAAAAAUAAAAAUAAUAAUACUGCAAAAUAUUAUUACAAUUUAAAUAACAAAUUUAUAUUUUAAUCAGUAAUAAAUGUAAUUUAUUCCUGUGAUAAAAGCUGAAUUUUCAGCAUCAUCCUAGUCUUUGCUGUCCAAUUAUCUUUCAGAAAUCUUUCUUAUUUUCUAACUUGGUGAUCACUUAUUAUCAGUUACCCAGUUAUUACUAGUGGUUCUUAUUAUUAAUGUUGAGUUUUUCAGUAAUACUCCAGAGCAGAGCAGGAAAGAGCAUGUGUGUGAGAAAACAAAAUAUGUCAUUUUUGCUAACUAAUAGUGAUUGAUUUGCUUUGCAUGUUGUUAUUUCUGUGUAGUCUUUUCUGUAAAGUCCUAAUGUUUUGUGUAGAUGAUUAUGUGCAUGCAUAGAAUCUUUCCACCUAGAACAGUGGUUCUCAAACACACCUGAUUAAAUCAAAACGAACAAUUUUCAAACAAAUAAAUACAUUAUUGAUGCACUUCUGCCAAUCGAAAAGUAAUAAUGUGUGUUAAAAAACUCUUAAAUGCACACAUCUUUUUAAAAAAAAUUUUAUAACAUAAAAAAUGUAUUUAAAUAAAACAAUCUAAAUUUUCCAGUGUUUGGGAACUGCUAACCUAGUAGAUCCUUUGACCUUCGUCUGACCUCUAGGGAGCUAUGCUGAAUUUCUGGACAGUAGGUUUUUAAAAGAAAUCUUCUGUAAGUCCCAACAUGUCAACAGUGAGCCAUCUCACAGGAAGUGCUGAACUUAGCUCAGCCCAGGUGUGGACUCGCUGAGCUCUUUGAUCUUCAUCUGUACUUGGUUCUGGACUCAUGUAAGGCUGAGCAGAAGCAGAACCAUGUCAGAAACCCUCCAGCUGCCCGCGCUGCAGAUCCAGGGCCCGGUAGACGGUGAGUGCAAUGUAUGCGAGGUGGAUCCGGCCCUGUCCAGCUCGUCCAGCCCGUCUCUGAGGCGCAAGCGCUUUAAAAUGCACCGUAUGAAGAAUGUCAUGAGCGAGAAGGAGCAGCUGGAGAAGGAACAACUUCAGCGUUCCGGGAGUAAGGAGUACCUGCAGCUUCCGUCUAUUGAGAUCACGCCAUCCAGCGAUGAGGACGCAGCGUGGUCGAGUUGUUCCACCCCUAGUGCCUCACCCCAACGCAGACGCUUCCUCCUGCGCAAGUGGCUGCGAGGAGGCGAGAAAAAAGAGCACGGCAGUGAGAGCAGCAGUCAGCAGAGCAGCCUGCAGAGCAGCCAUGAGGAAGAGUCCACACGCUACCUGAGCCCCAACACCCGCGACGACAGCACUGCCAGUAACUCGAACCGCAGCUCGCCGGCCUGCUCACCUGUCCUGCGUAAACGCUCGCGCUCCCCAACGCCCCAGAGUCCAGAGGGAGAGAACAUGGUGGAAAAGAGCUCCGAUCAUUCCUCUGAUAAAUCCCCAUCCACCCCAGAACAAGCCGUCCAGCGCACCUACAGCCAGUCGCUUCACACCACCCGCCCCGGAGGGAAAAACUCCAAGAAGAGUCAAAGCUGGUAUAACGUUUUGAGCCCCACAUACAAACAGCGAAAUGAAGACUUCAGGAAGCUCUUUAAGCAGCUGCCCGACUCAGAGCGACUCAUUGUGGACUACUCCUGUGCCCUGCAGAGAGAUAUCCUCCUGCAGGGUCGCCUCUACCUCUCCGAAAACUGGAUCUGUUUCUAUAGCAACAUAUUCCGCUGGGAAACACUGCUGACUUUGAAGUUGAAAGAUGUUUGUUCCAUGACGAAAGAGAAGACGGCUAGACUCAUCCCCAAUGCCAUCCAGCUGUGCACAGACAGUGAAAAGCACUUUUUUACCUCAUUCGGGGCAAGAGAUCGGACAUACAUGAUGAUGUUCAGACUCUGGCAAAAUGCUCUUCUGGACAAGCCAUUGUGUCCUAAAGAGCUGUGGCACUUUGUCCAUCAGUGUUAUGGGAAUGAACUGGGUCUAACCAGUGAUGAUGAGGAUUACGUACCUCCUGAUGACGACUUCAACAUCAUGGGCUGUUGCCCCUCUCCCUGGUGCAGGUACUGUGAGGAGAUUCCCGCUGAAGACAACGAGACCAAUGACAACUGCCCUAAAACCCCAGAAGCCAAAAUGGACAUCAGCCCCCAGCUCCACAGGAAGGUUUUCCCCAACAGCAGUCUGAACUCCACGGACAGCACAGACGCUCCGGUCAACUUUGACUUGCCCCCAGUGGAGGACUUCAGUGGCUGUGUCCCAGAAGACCUCCUACCCCUGCCGUUACCUGACAACAAGCUGUCAGAGAGUAGCGGCUCCGCACAUGUCCCCAUCCCCUCACCUUCCCUUGACUUCAAUGACAACGAGGACCUCCCCACUGAACUCAGCGACUCCUCAGAAACGCACGAUGAGGAAGGGGAAGUGCAAGCCUUCCAGGAAGAUCUGCAUGGGAAACUGUACAUUAAUGAAGUAUAUAAGUUCAGUGUGGAUAAACUGCAUGACAUCCUCUUCACUGAAUCGCAGUUCAUGAGAGAGUUUCUGGAGCAGAGACGCUUCUCAGAUGUGGUCUAUAACCCAUGGAGGAAAGAAAACACUGGCAAUCAGUCCAGAGAGAUCAUGUACACCAUCUCCCUCUCCAACCCACUGGCUCCAAAGACGGCCACAGUCACAGAGACGCAGACUCUGCUUAAGGCAAGUCAAGUGAGCGAGUGCUACAUCAUUGACGCUGAGGUGAUUGCUCACGAUGUCCCGUAUCACGAUUACUUUUACACGCUCAACCGCUACAUGCUCACUAGAGUCGCAAAGAACAAGUGCCGCCUGAGGGUGUCAGCUGAACUACGCUAUAGGAAGCAGCCUUGGGGACUGGUCAAGGGCUUCAUUGAGAGAAACUUCUGGAGUGGCUUGGAUGAAUAUUUUAGAUAUUUAGAGCUGGAGUUGAGUAAGGUACAGCUGGUGCUAUCUGAACCUCACGGACAGUCUCCCAAAUCCAAAGGCCUACGCACAACUACAGUGAGGCGGAGGAAACGCCCGCUGACGCACACGAGACAGCAGCACCUGGACGAGGCGCUCAGUCCCGUAACCACACCUGAGGAUGAGAAGAGUGUCAUCCAUCGCAUCAAACACGUGGCAGGAUCCACACAGACCAGACACAUCCCGGACCACGGAUCUGAAGGCCUGGCUCUCUACAGCAUUUCCAAACUUCUGCUUAUAAUCAGCUCUGUUCUGGUGCUACUGGUAUUUUUGAACAUGAUGCUGUUUUAUAAGCUAUGGAUGCUGGAAUACACGGCUCAGAGUUUGACCUCCUGGCAGGGUCUCAGGUCUCAUGAAAGUAAACUUCCACAGACACAGAUCGAAUGGGCUCAACUUUUGGAGUCUCAGCAGCGUUACCAUGAAAACGAGCUGGAAAAAUGGAGGGAAAUAAUAAAGUCAUCUGUGCUGUUAUUAGAUGAGAUGAGAGAGUCUCUAAUGAAGCUAUUGAAAGGUAUGGGGUUGAGAGACUACGAUUCAGACAGUGAAGAAAGGAGAAGUCGUCAUCACUGACGAACAGAGGCCCGGCUCAGCCAAUAAAAUGAACAUCUCCACAUGUAAGCGACCAGAUGAGCUGGGCCGGGGCAUGGUAAGGGACAGCUCUCACAGUUCGUCUGCACCGCUGUGAGGCCUUUCUGACAACAGACACUGAUGCAAACCUAGUACUGUAAUUUCUCUAUCUUCUCUGUGAUGAAAGAGCUGAAAAAAUUUGAAGGAAUGCACUCCCAUGAUCAUGGAAUCGGUCUGUUCAGCCAGGGCUAAAACAAACUCACCAAAACAAUUGAACUGUCACUUCAAAACAGACACAGACUCUGGUUUAAACACUCAGAAAACUUGGAUGUUGGGUCUCGGCAGCAUCCCUUUUUUUUUUUUUUAAACCUUUUGGAGUCUGGGACCAGAUAAAAAAUAUGGAGUUACUAUCAGCAAAUGUUAUGUGGACAUGUACACAUUUAUUUAUAAAAACAAAAUAUAGAAUUGAGCGAUAUUAUGAUAAACAUGAAAAUAUAUCAUUUCUAUGUAGAGCUAUAUUUGUUGCCAGAGAUCAUUAGUAACAUUUGGCUUCCAUGGAGAAUCAAGGCUGGCUCCUUGAUAGCUUGCGCCAUGGUGCAUCAACUAUAUGCAACUGGUAUAUCCUCCCCUGUCUGGAGGAAUGACUUCCUCUGAUUGGUUGAUUUGCAAUGGCAAAAGAGCCACAGUCUCUAACAUUCCAUCUACUAAGCGUCAUCGGCUGCAUUCCAGUUUCCAUGCUA